AUGCUUCGUUUCUCUUCCAAGUUAAUGACCUCAACCUCUGUCGCUGCCAGACAAUCAGCUCGCAUGUCAAGCGCUGUCCCUGUCUGUGCCAGACGUUGGUAUAGUGCUGAACCCCUCCCUACCCCUGGUUCAGCUGCCGCUGCCGACCCUAAAAUCACUGCUAUUGUUGAUCAAAUCGAAGGCUUAACAUUAUUGCAAACCUCUGAACUUGUAUCACAAUUAAAGACUCGUUUGAACAUUCAAGAUAUCGCAAUGCCCGUUGCCAUGCCCAGUGGUGGUGCUGCCCCUGCUGCUGCUGCCGUUGAGGAAGAGAAGCCUGCCGAGAAGACCGAAUUCAGCAUCAAGAUUGACAAGGUUGAUGCCGCCUCAAAAGCAAAGGUUAUCCGUGAAGUAAAGAACUUGGCUGGUUUGAACUUGGUUGAAGCCAAGAAGUUUGUUGAAAGCGUACCCAAGGUUCUCAAGGAGAACGUACCCAAGGAAGAGGCUGAGAAGCUAAAGAAGGCUCUUGAAGCUCUCGGUGCCACUGUCUUAUUGGAAUAG